AUGGCUUAUCUUCGGGAGAAGUAUUGGGUCACAUCAAUGCGCUCAACCGUUAAGAAAAUCAUCGGACAUUGUGUAAUCUGUAAGAAAGUGUCUGGGCGUCCAUAUCUGACUCCCAUCGCACUACCACUGCCAGACUUUCGGAUUAACGACUUGUCAGCUUUCAAGUCCACUGCUGUAGAUUUUACAUCACACCUCUACGUACGAAUUAAGGACUCGAUGCAAAAAGUGUACGUUUGUCUCUUUACGUGUUGCACCACGCGAGGCAUACAUCUUGAAAUCACGCCGGACUUAACUGUUGAAUCAUUUCUAAGAGCUUUCAGACGUUUCACUUCAACACAUUCAGUGCCUAGCCUCAUUUACUGUGACAAUGCCAAAACGUUUACAAGCGCCGACACCGAGCUGAAACGGCUGUACAACAUUGUGGGAACAGAACAAUUCCAAAACCACCUGUCUAAGAAAGGAAUAACAUUCAAAUAUGCACCCGUACAAGCCAGCUGGUUCGCUGGCGUUCAUGAGAGACUGAUUGGUGUGACGAAACUUGCACUUAAGAAAACCUUGCGCAAAUCACUCGUUCCAAUUGAUGAGUUUCAAACUCUCAUCAAAGAAAUUCAAGCAACGGUAAACAACAGACCACUCACAUAUUUAUCAUCAGAUCCAAAUGAACUCAAAGCGAUAACACCGAAUAAUCUGAUAUACGGACAUGAUAUGUUUUUGUUGCCACACGAAGGAGAGGAUAACUUGGAUGUAACAUACGCCGGCAGAGAUAAACUUGAGAAAUUGGCGUACAAACGCGCAGAACGACUACAAACAUUCAAGAAACGUUUCUAUGACGAGUAUCUCGCUAGGCUACGGGAACAACACCAGUACGAACUUAGCAAACAAAAUGCCAAAGCUGACAUCAUUAAAAUUGAUGACGUCAUUCUUGUACACGACAAGGAUGCCAAGAGGAGACAAUGGAAACUUGGGAUCAUAAAAGAACUCAACAGAGGCCAAGAUGGGCUGACCCGAUCUGCGCUUGUCAAAACUGCCACAGGGCAAUCUAACCGAGCAAUCGGAAAAUUGUAUCCGCUUGAGUUAACCGUUGACGAGAGCAUCGAACGGUCUGCGCAAAUCAAAUCUGUUCAAAAAACAAAAUCUCGACCAAAACGGUCAACCACUGACAUUACGAGGCUCAAAAUCAGAGAGCACUUGGAUCACUACGGACAGUAG